CACCCCCGAACCUACCUCUUCCGGGCAUCAUUGGUACAGCACUCUUACAUACACAUCCACGCAACACACAUCAGCCACCCCCAAACCGCAAUGACACCACCAAAGAACGUCGUCUUCGACGUAGUCGGCACCCUCGUCACAUACGAGCACCUCUUCGAAGCAAUCGACGAGCGCCUAGGCGAACGCCUCCGCGCCCGCGGCAUCCAGCCAAAACUCCUCGGCUGCUGCUGGCUCGAGGUCGCCGAGCGCGAGUACACCUACCUCUCCAUGUCGGGCCGCUACGUCGUCUUCUACAAGGUCUUCACCGCACUUUUUUACCGCUGCCUGCACUACGCCGGCAUCGAGGACCCGCGCGCCUUCGCGAGCGACGAGGACGUCGACUACCUCAUUGGCGAGUGGAAGAGCCUGCGCCUGCGCGAGGGCGCAGCCGAUUGCGUGGCCAAGCUCCGCGCCGCGGGGUUUACGGUGUGGUGCUUCACGGCGGGCGAUAUCGCUCGCGUCGGGGGCUACUUCUCGAGGGGCGGGGUCGAGAUGCCGGUCGAGAACUUGCUCUCGUGCGAUUCGUCUGGCUUGGCGAAGCCGACGCCCGAGGCGUAUGCGCCUAUCUUGAAAAAGUUGUCUGCUGAUGGGUGCGAGCCUUGGUUUGCGGCGGCGCAUUUGUGGGAUGCGUCGACAGCGAAGACUGUGGGAUUCAAGGCGGCAUACUGUACUGCUCUGGAGGGAGAGGCGUUACCAGAGAUUUUCGGUGAGAUGGAUGUGGUGGCGGAGACGCUGCCGGCGAUGGCGGACAGGAUUAUUGCUACGUAUGAGAAGUAGACCAUCUAUCAUCUUGCGUAAUAUAAAAACAUGUUAAGCCAAAUUUGCGUUGACCAUUAAGGCUGAACAUUAUCAAAUUUGUAUAAACAUUAGACAGUAAUUGUAUUUGGCUCUCCUUCAUGAGCGUCUGCGCUCUAGUCCCAUUGACGCUCGUCAUUAUUCGUUAAACUCAUUUCGGUCCACCUUGCUUGGCUGCCGCCAUCGCCGCCAUCUUGGCUUUGCGGGCUGCCCUCCAUCCCGGAGAUUUGAUUCGUAGUACUACCCGACAAGGACCAAGUCCAACAACGCGAGUCCUGUGAAACACCAUCCGCUUCCCAUCUUGGACACGAGAGAAGGGAUC